UUCUGAUUUUAAAAACGCAUAUUGUUCAAGUAAAAUAGCAAAUUGAGUAAACAAAUUGGGAUAUAAAUUAAUUUGAAAAAUCAUUACAUUUACAAUUAUUAAGUCACUUAUAUCAGAAAAAAUGAAGAAGAUACUACUGCAAUUGUUGAUUUUACCUGUAUUUUUAUCGUCAACAUUGGAAAUCCUUAAAACUAUUGCAAAUACAAAUUUGAUAAAUGCCAAAAAAGAAUUGUAUGACUGUUUUAAAAAAUAUAAUUUAUAUCUAAAUUACAGAAAACAUAACGAGCAGAGAGUUUUUUCAGAAAUAUUCGAUAACUAUAUAAAUACAUCGGUAAAAGAUAUGUGCUCAAAUAAACUUAAGCCGCUUAAUUUGAGUGGAAAUGUUAGAAUAAAAUUCUAUUCUUGGGGAAGAAAAGACAAUACACUAGAAUUUAAGGAUUUUAAGAAUUCAGAUAAUUGUUUUGAUGAUUUCAACUUACAUUUAUUUGCUGCUACAGAACCACAGAUGAUUCUAAAUGACGAGAAACUACAAAAAAAAGUUGACCAAAAUUGGUCUAUUGCAGUGGAAACGUUAUACAACUGUUUUAUACAUUUGGGUUUACAUGAAGGUUAUCAUUAUGAAAAAGUUUUUGAUAAAAUAACAUUAAAUAAUAAAGAUAAAUACAGCAACAAUAUAGGUGAUUACAAAACAAUUAUAAUGAAGUAUAAAUUAAUAUUUUUACAACAUAAGCAAUUUUGAGUAAAAGUUUUACGAUAUUUGGCUUUUCUAUCGAUAUAAUAUUAUAAUUUGUAGUAAUACAAAAAUAAAAAACAUGAUGUUUGGUAUUUUUGAUCAAGGUUGGAUAUUUGGGGAUUUGGUCAAUUCAGGAGCAACGAGGUUCUAUCGGGGUUGUAGAGUCCGAGGGUAGAACAGUAAAGACAACUAGAUAUAAAAAGAUAUGUAUUAAGUUCCUCUCAUAGAGGUAUUAAACGUUGAGGUAUUCUUCUUCUGAGGAUCUUGGCCUCCUAUCUGACACCCAGUCGAAACGUGAUGUUAACUGGUAUGUGCUUUAGUGGGAAUACUGGGGCGUUCUUGGAGAGGCGGAGGCCUCCUCUCAGACACCCAGUCGAAGUAUAUGACCAAGCACUAACUAGCUAUUAAUAAUUAAAUUAAAUGAUGUUUAAAAAAUCUAUUGCUUUACCAUUCAUUACUCAGAUUAUUAAUUCUAAAUAAUUGGGUUAAUACGAAUUUACUUACUUUUUUAGAUAUCUUACGUUUAGAUUUAUACUGUUCUUUUUAAAUAAAUAAAUAAAGUAUUGACGCAAAAUAAUUGUAUUCGAUAUUGUUUUAAAAUGUACCGACGACAACACAAUAAAUCAGAUAGAUGAAUUCUGAAUUCUUUAUUGAAUUCAGAUCUUCAAAACGGAGAGAGCCGCUCGCUCACUGAUGUACAAGGAGAACUAAGCCUUUUUAUAUUAUUUUUAAUUACCCCCAUAAUGGGUUUUUGUCAUCAGCACUUUUAGUGAUUCUCAAUUUAUUGUAUUAAAUUGAACAUAACAUGAUAGUUAUUUUAAGAUAAGAUGUAUAGCAUACAAUAGUCAGAUUAACAUGUAU